AUGCUUGUAGUCACAAAGAAAGCACAUAACAAUCCCUCCUACGGAAUGGAUAGACAUAAUCGACUGAAAACUUCUUUUCAAGGCAACAAACCAAAGCCUCCUUUGUUAAGUGUCAGAUUGGUUCUCCAGAGUGUGCCUUUGCGCGAACGCCGAGACAGCCUCCUGAUUGUACCAUCGAAAAAUAUUUUUACUAAUCACAUUGCUGCAUUACGAAGAUAG